GGGCCCUGCGCCGACGCAGCCUCCACGCCUGCAGCAGUGGUUGCGCUUUUGCUUUGAGAAUCGAGAGCGGUGAGGGCGCAGCCGGGCACUGCGGGUCUGCCAAGCUUCAUUGAAGGAGGGUCUGCAGUGCCACCCAGUGUGAGUGCUGGGCACUGGGCUGCCCACUGCUUCAGCUGGUGAUUAUGAGUUUCCAUGUGGGAUCACACCUCGUUGAGCACUGCCAGCAGCUGCAGUGACAUUGGGCAGCUUCUGAGAACACAGCAGCACAGCUCAGACCAAUGCACAAAAGCUCCUGGGCAAGGGCAUUGGGCAGUCAGGUCUCUGAGCCUCUGACACCAACACCGGUGCAGGAGGGUCUUAAACAUUCUGAUUUCAGCCUCAGGUCAACCUGGUGAGGAUGGUGUCACCACACUGGAACAUCAACCCCACACACCUACACGGCCACAGCAGUAAAAUUCAUGAAGAACAAAGGCAGAUGGUGCCUAGAAGGAGGGGAAGCAAAGCUUUGGGGCAGGGGCAACAUUGAGCUUGAAGCCCCCGACACACACUAGGAUUGGGGCACUGGGGCCAUGGAGAACAGCUCCAGCUGCUCCACCAGCACUGACCUGAAGCCCUACUACGCCAUCACAUAUGCAUUCAUCCUCAUCCCUGGACUCAUAGGAAACGUGUUGGCUUUGUGGGUUUUCUAUGGCUACAUGAAAGAGACAAAAAGGGCCGUGAUAUUUAUGAUCAACUUGGCCAUCGCCGACUUAUCACAAGUGUUAUCCUUACCCCUGAGGAUUUUCUACUACUUGACCGGGACAUGGGAAUUUGGAGGAGGCCUCUGCAUGCUCUGCUUCUACCUGAAGUACGUCAACAUGUACGCCAGCAUCUACUUCUUGGUGUGCAUCAGCGUCCGCCGCUUCUUGUUCCUGAUGUACCCCUUCCGAUUCAGCGACUGUAAGCGCGUCUGCGACGUGUACAUCAGCAUCGUGGGCUGGGUGGUGGUGUGUGUUGGCUGCCUGCCCUUCCCCUUGCUGAGGCUCACUCAGAACACUACCAAUGCGUGCUUUGCAGACCUGCCCGUGCAGGAGGUGGACCUUCCCACCUCCAUCAUCAUGAUGACCAUCGGGGAGCUGGCGGGCUUCGUGACACCCCUGCUGAUCAUCCUGUACUGCUCCUGGAAGACAGUCUUAUCGCUGAAGGAAAGGAAUUCUGCUUCACCUGAUCUCGGGGAGAAAAAAAAGGCUCUGAAGAUGAUUCUCACCUGCGCUCUGGUGUUUCUGAUUUGCUUUGCGCCUUACCACAUCAGCUUCCCCCUGGAUUUCUUCGUCAAAACCAAGAAGAUUAAGAACUGCUGCAUCCAGGAGGUGAUCUCGGUGUUCCACGCUGUUGCCCUGUGUCUCGCCAGCCUCAACUCCUGCGUGGACCCAAUCCUCUAUUACUUCACCACAGAUGAGUUCCGCAGGCGGCUGUCUCGGCAAGAGCUGCAGGACAGUGCCCCACUGCACAGCCAUGGCCAGCAGCACGUGCAGGACACACUGCAGGACAACGUCCCUCUGAAUGCUCCUGGCCAGCAGCACACCCAGGGCAGAGUGCAGGACAAGCCCACUGAUGGUUAGCACAGUGCCCGUGGUUUUGGGGUUUCGCCACUGAUUGCAGAAAGGAUUUGAGCUUUGAGAAAGAAAAAAGACAAACUUGAAAAAGCCAUUGUGCUUUAAUGUUUUGGCUGAAGAUUUUCCCUUGUAUAAAUAACUCCCUGUAGUUCCCCAUUCCUGAGCUGGGCAGCCAGGAGCAGGGCAGAGAGUUAUGCUGUCACCUUGCCAAAUCACGGUCACGCCAGCACCACACAAGGGGCAGCAGAGAUUUGGGGGAUUUCCCUAUGCAGAAUUUGGUCCUAAAAGUGAGCGUACGGUCCAGCAGUGUAUUCUCCUGUAAAAGGAGUAAAAGGCCACGGAGCAAUACAACUCAUUUCCGUAGGGUGCCCAGAGCCCACUUUGUGCCAUGCUGACCACAUCCAGGAGCCUAAUGGCCUUGCUUUGCCAACAGUUACCCAGGCAUCCCCCUCCUGAGGGUGCAGCAGAUGACAAUUCCCCAAACCACAAUACCACUCGAGUGCCCAGACACUAUUUCUCCACCCUCACUUUGCUUUACCACUAGUUAUUUUUCUACCAUCAAUUUAAUUUCUGGAUCAGGGUAAGAAAUAGCAGAACACCAACAAGCAAAGCCUGAAGUCCUCUUUGCUGCCUGUGAUAAGCUUUAAGCAAAGGUUCCUGCUCUGAGGGUAUUCAUUCAGGCUCCAGCAAGCCUCCUGGGUCCCUUUUUUACCCCAAAGAGUGGCUCUGCAGCACUGCACUACCAUCAGCACAGCACUGAGCAUCCAACAACUGCAAUAUUUGAGCAACUUCCUGUAACCUUACAGAGGCCACUCGUGAAGUUCAGGCCCUUAACCCCAGCUUGGCUGAGAUGCUGUCAGAGGAACCAAAGCUGUCUGAAGCUUAAAGCAAUAGGAACCCACUCUUUGCUGAGCCACAUAAGAGGCACAGAGAGACUUCUAAAGAAAUACUCAAGGCUGGGUGGAUUUCUAACAGUCUUGCUUCCAACAAAAAUCAAGCAACAGCAGCUUUGCGCUCAUCUGGUGCCUUGUUUGCACCUUCUUGUCAAACUGUUAUGGGAACAUUUGAAAUGUUACGUUUCCAAAACAUAAAAAUACUGUGACAAUAUGAAGACUUUAUUUAAUGGUAAUGCUGUUUUGUAGAUUUAACUUAUGAAAACAUAAAUAUUUUGUAGGAAAAAAUGACAUGAAUCCCAUUUUCCUUUGUCAGUUUAGAACCCUUCCAUUUAAUAAAAGAGAACCCCACUGCCA